AUGCUGUCAUUCCUUACCAUCAACAGCAUUAUUGUGCUGACAUAUGUCGCCACGACGCUCGUCGCCUCUGCUUCUAUCAAGGGAAGGCAUAUGGCACGUGAUACAACCCCUCUAGAGCCAUUUGACCCCAACACUACCAAGUACUGCUCGUAUUGGUGGGAUACUGAGGGAAGCUUCACCUGCCAGGAUUUUGUGAACGGUUGGGGCCUUACUCUGGCAGAUUUCACUCGAUGGAAUCCAUCUAUUACAGCAACAUGUGGGAACUUCAAAACCUCUGGUCAAUCAUACUGCGUUGAGGUCGAUGGCGAGCCUGUACCAACCACAACCCUUCCGCCUAUGAAUACCGUCACGAGCCGCAUCUUAAGCUCAACUGCAAUUACAACAACAACCUCAUCUGGAAAUGGCGUAGCCACUCCAACGCCUACGCAGCCAGGCAUGACGACAAGCUGCAAUGCCUUCCGUCUUGUCAAGAGUGGCGAUCAAUGUGGAAGAAUCGCCGCAAGCGCCGGGAUAAGCCUUGACGAUUUUUAUGCUUGGAAUCCUUCUGUUGGCACAACAUGCGCUACACUGCUUGCAGAUGAUUAUGUCUGUGUUGGCGUUAUUGGCUGUACAUUAAUUUCGCCUUUACCAUCAGGGCAAUACUGCGGCAGGAUUGGUGUUCCAGUUGCCGCAUCAGGCUCAGGAAAACUUAUUGGAUAUUCUACAGGCAGUCCCUACGUCGCAUCUGUUGCAGCUGUUCUGCGAAGUGCUUGGAUACGCCUGCCUGCACAGGCUUCUACGCUACUCCAGGAAGCAGCUGCAGUUUGUACUAUGGGCCAAUUUCGUUUUCUCCUAAUGGAAACGCUGGAUCGACAGCAUUUUAUCAACAAUCUUGCUUUCAAUGUCCCCCGAUAG